AAUCUCAAAUCCCAGUCUGAUCAAAGGUUUAGCUGCGUUUGAUUAGUUUGCAGAAAUUAAACUGUGUUGUAAAGGAUUGUGUAGGAUUCUUCUACUGUGGCAUUUCUAUCAACUAUCAAACGCGCCAGUGGUAUUAUAAGGAAAACGAAAAAAGAACGAUGUCCAGCACCCGCAGUCCUACGUCGCUGAUAACAACAAACGGCGACGAAUCCUUUGACUUCCUGUUUAAAAUUGUCCUGAUUGGAGACUGUGGUACCGGAAAGACAUGCAUCGUGCAGCGGUUCAAGUCGGGAAACUUCAUCGAAAGUCACGGCAAUACAAUCGGCGUGGAUUUCUCAAUGAAGGCGGUCACAGUGGACGGGAAGAAAGUAAAGCUUCAAAUCUGGGAUACAGCUGGCCAGGAACGGUUCCGCACCAUUACGCAAAGCUACUAUCGAUCAGCUAACGGAGUCAUAAUUGUAUACGACAUCACCAAGCGCUCGUCAUUUCUCAGCCUCCAGCGUUGGAUCGACGAAGUCCGCCGGUAUACUGCGUCGAACGUUAUGAUCUUCGUAAUAGGUAACAAAUCCGACCUGGACUCGAUCCGGGAGGUGGAAUUUUCAGAGGCCCAAAACAUGUGCCAAUACAUCCCGGAGGUUAUGUUUGUGAUGGAAACAUCGGCGAAAGAUAAUCGAUUCAUUGAAGACGCAUUCAUGACGCUGGCGACUGAGCUGAAGAGACGCCACGACGGGGUAACGGCAGCCGAAGAGGAAGAAGCCAUAACGCUGGGAAAAAGCAAGAGCUUAUCAACCAACGGAUGCAAUGCGGUGUGCAAUGUAACGUGAAGCAUGCCGCUCAACCUGGUUGCUACUGAUACCUGCACGCGAUUACUAGAGGAACUAAGCACGUGGACCGCGAACCGAACAAAAGUGUGGCGCAUUGGAAGGUAUUUCUGUAACCCUCGCCUAGAGAAAUGUGUCCUAAUGUCGCCGUCGUUGAAAGCAAUUUAAAGAACAAUUACAGAUUGUUGCAUUAGUGUUAAGAAAUAACAGACCCGGGUUUUGGUUUUGUGGCAGCAAAAAACUUAUAUUUAUUCUCGAUUGUAACCAUGCGUAUCGAUUCAUCCAUAAAAUGCGGUGAUUGGUAUCAGUUGUAUAUAAUUGGAAGAUAAUAUUUUCAAAUGCUGGUGUGUUAACUAAUGUUUAGAGGCAAUCAACACCUUUCCGAAGCAUGUGAAAUUGAAGAGGCUCGAACUAUAGAAUUAACAGAAUUAAAGAAUUAUUUUCAUAGCACUCGAAGAUAAGUCCAAGUUUAGCUGUGAACAGCGAUCUAUUGCGUCGAAAUAGAGUAAUCAGCAUAUUUGAUAUGGACUAUUUAUUUACUUGCGCAACUAAAGGACUAUUUUAACAAACCGUUGUAAAUAGAGCAAUAUUUUAAACCCUUUGAAUAAAAUGUUUUCA